AUGAACGCGCCCGCGCCGCGCAACUUCAUCCCUACUCCAGCUCCGGCCGCGAAUCGAUGCAGCGGAGCGCAGAAGGCUACGUACGCGGCUCGACAAAUCACAGCGAAGAACACGUGUCUGUACUGCGGUGGCAAUCACAUUACUACAGAUUGUCGCAAGCUGGCCGCGCAGAGUAUAGGCGCUAGAUGGGAGUGGGCAAGACUCAACCGUAUAUGCUUCAGAUGUAUGGACGCGAAACAUUUGAAGUCGCAAUGCAAGGCGAAAGGGUGUGGCGUGACAGGCUGUCCGCACACGCAUCAUCGUUUGCUGCACGCCGAGCCUAUGCAGGCUAGCAAUAAUAACAGCGGAGCUACAAUGGCGGUAGCUCAAUCGACGCAUCGAGUGGUCGCCUCACCGAGAAUGACGUCAUCGUUUGCGGCAGCGGCCGAAUCGGAGCCGCGGCCUACAGAACGAGAGGACAACGACCCGCGCGUCUACGUGUCGUCAACCCCAAAUUUCAACGUGCUACUGAAGGUGCUGCCAGUAACCGUCACGGGGCCGAAGGGUACGGCUCAAAUAUUCGCAUUCCUCGACGAUGGGUCAACGCUUUCAAUGAUCGAUCAAGACGUCGCGGACGAAAUCGGAGCAGUAGGUGAAGACGAACCUCUAUGUCUACGAGGUAUAAGAAACCUGAAGCACACAUCCAUCACGCAAACUGUAAAGGCGCAAGUGGGACCACUACGAGGAGGCACCGUGCACGAAAUCGUCAUGAAAACCGUAGAAGGACUUGGAAUACGAUCGCAAUCACUCAACAAGGCCGAGUUGAUGAAAUACAAGCACUUAGAAGAUCUGGGCGACGAAUGCUACGUGGGUACAGGAGUACCGCAAAUGCUGAUUGGAGGCGAUUUCUGCCACCUGAAGACCCCCAUCGAGAUCAGGCAGGGCGGAGAAGACGAGCCAUGCGCAAUGAAGACACCCUUAGGCUGGGUAUUUUUCGGGCGCAUGCCGCGCAUCAUUCGUACAGUCGAGCAAACCGUACUUCAAUGCCGCACAGAUGACGACGAGUUAAUCGAUCAAGUGAAGAAGCAUUGGUCGAUUGAAGCAUUAGGAGUAACGAAUAAAGAAAACGUCAGUCCGAGCGAUCAGCGAGCCAUCGACAUUUUCAACGCUACAGUACGCAAGACCGCAGCGGGCCGGUACGAGGUCGGUCAACUGUGGGCGACGGACAACGUAAAGCUACCACCGAGCUACGUUAUGCCGCGAUCCAGAUUACACAAUUUGGAGGUGAAGAUGCGGCGCGAUAAGGAUUUCGCUGAAGAUUACGAGGCCCAGAUCCAGAAGCUGCUACAGAAAGGAUACGCGGAACGUAUCAUGGAGCCGCCGCAAACCGACCGGACUUGGUUUUUGCCGCACUUCAGCGUUUUCAAUUUAAAUAAAGGCAAAAGAAGAGCCGUUUUUGACUGCGCGGCAAAAAGUCAAGGAAAUAGUCUGAAUGACUAUAUUUUAUCGGGGCCAGACCUACUACGGAGCUUGUUAGGAAUCCUACUACGAUUCCGCGAAUGGAAUUUCGCGGUUGUCGCGGACAUUCAAGAAAUGUUCCUACAAAUCCAGAUGCGAGAAGAAGAUCAACAGAGCCAGCUCUUCUUAUGGCGCGGUACUAGAAGAGAUAUGGAGCCUCAAGUCUAUAAACUGAACAGAGUUUGCUUUGGCAACGUGUCAUCGCCUUUCCUAGCGCAUUCAGUGCGCAAUAGGAACGCAAUCGACAAUCGGGACAAAUAUCCGGACGCGGUCUACGAUAUUCACCACAACCAUUAUAUGGACGACUACGUGGCAUCGUACGAGACCGAAGAUGAGCUGCUACGGGUAUCGCAACAAGUGCGAGACUCGCACGCGGAGGGCAGCUUUUACCUACGAGGCUACGCGAGCAACAGUACGCGAAUGUUAGCGAGCGUCGAGCCUGAAUUACACGCAGCGCAAGGACCGACGCACCUGGGCGAAGGUCAACCUACGGUUCUAGGCAUGACGUGGGACCCUAGAACUGACACUUUGGGCUACAACACGAAAAUGCUGCGAGUUCCCGAGGCUGUGAAGCUACAGGAGCGGCCGCCGACGAAAAGGGAGCUACUCAGCGCGAUAAUGUCCAUUUAUGACCCUAUGGGACUUAUCGCACAAUACGUCAUCAGCGCGAAGAUAAUAUUUCAACGAGUAUGGACGAAAGGUACGACGUGGGACGCACCGCUAGAAGAAAAAGAAGCCGAGGACUUUUUUCAGUGGCAGAACGCACUGAAACACGUAGCGGCGCUACGCAUACCUAGGCGGUAUGAGUCACCGGGCGGAGCUACGAGAUAUACGCUACACAUAUUCACCGACGCGUCAACUGAAGCUUAUUGCGCCGUGGCAUAUUGGCGUAUCGAAAAUUCAGAAGAUGUACGAGUCAGCCUAGCAGCGGGCAAAAGCAGAGUCUGCCCCCUGAAAGUACUGUCAGUACCACGAUUAGAGCUGACAGCCGCAGUUAUCGGAGUUCGACUGGCCGAGACGAUUAAAAAGGAGCAGCGAUACGACGUCGAGAGGACUAUCUACUGGACAGACUCGCGAGUAUUGCUAGGAUGGAUUAAGGACGACGCGAGAAACUAUAAGCCGUUCGUGUCACACCGUUUGGCUGAAAUAGCUGAAAAAUCGGACCGGCGAGCGUGGAUGUACGUGCCAACCGACGUGAACCCCGCAGACCACGCUACGAGAGGAAAGCCGGCGAGGAAAAUCACCGCACACGACGAGUGGUACAAAGGACCGUCAUUUCUUUACCGACCAGAAACGGAGUGGCCGAGUCAAGAAACAGUCAGACCGACUGAAGACCUUCCUGAAAAGAAGAGCGGAGUCAUAGUAGAGACUACGUUAUCUACUACUACGUCAAAGUUAGAUCCGUCGAGCGUGCUACCGGAUAUACGACGCUUCAGUAACUACGAUAGACUGAUAAAUUCGACAGCCUACGUUCUGCUUUUCAUAGAGAAGCUGAAAACCAGAAAUAAGACGCUACAACUGCAAGUGAAGCACAUAAAGCGAGCCGAGCAUAUGUGGCUUCAGAAUAGCCAGCGACGAAGCUUUCCCGACGAGCUACGUACACUAAGCGCAGGACGUGAUUUGGACAGGAAAUCGCGAAUAUAUACUCUAGCACCCGAGCUGUGCGACGACGGCGUGCUACGCAUGAAGACAAGAUUGGGAAACGCUCCAGUGUUGUACACAUCGGUACGACCCGUAAUACUGGACGGCAAGGACUCAUUUACCAGAUUAAUGGUCCAACGCGCACACAGGCGAAUGGCGCACAUUCACAACGAGGCGGUAAUAAAUCAGCUACGUCAAGAUUACUGGAUCCUACAACUACGACCUACCGUGAAAGCUGUAGCGCGAGACUGCGCGCUGUGUAAGCUACGUCGAGCUUCACCGCGAGCGCAGCCCCUUGGCGAUCUACCACCCGAGCGGCUACAGGCUUACCAGAGGCCAUUCACCUACACCGCGCAAGACUACCUCGGGCCUAUGUACGUGACCAUAGGACGACGACGAGAAAAACGCUGGGUGUGUCUGUACACAUGCCUAGUAACACGGGCUAUUCAUUUGGAAACAGUACAUAGCCUGUCAACCGAUAGCGCUUUACUGGCGUUAAGGCGCUUCGCCGCACGAAGAGGAUGGCCGAGCGUUAUGUACAGCGACAACGCGACGUGCUUCAAGGCGGCAUCGAACGAGCUACGCGAGGCCUACAGGCAAUGGCUUCCGCAGUUGCAACUGUACGGCGUACAACAACGUAUGGACUGGAAGUUCAUCCCCCCCGGCAACCCAUCUGCAGGCGGAGCCUGGGAGCGGAUGGUACGCACCGUGAAGACAGCGAUGCUCUAUACAUUUAACACUAGAGCGCCAAAAACCGAAGUGUUCGAGACUCUACUGGCAGAGAUCGAAAACAUCGUCAAUAGAAGGCCGUUAACGCACGUGAACGUCGAUCCGGACAGCGAGGAAAGUCUCACACCUGCGCACUUUCUUCUACUUCACAACGCGAACCUACCAAUGAUUGGCGCUUACGACGAGAACGACAAGCGACAGUGGAGGGCUGCCCAGGCGCUAGCAGACCACUUCUGGCGGCGCUGGACCAAGGAGUACUUUCCACUGCUGGCACCGCGCAAAUCAUCCGACGACGGAGGACGACAGAUCCGGCCGGGAGAUGUAGUCAUCAUUUCCGAGCCCAGUGGACCACGCAGCGUGUGGCCUAAAGGAGUCGUCGAGACCGUCUACCAUGGACCCGACGGACGGGUUCGCUCCGCAGACGUCAGGACGAGGCACGGGACGCUGCGCAGGCCGAGCUGCAAGCUGGCAGUCAUCGCGUCGCAACCCAUGCACCAGGAGUCUUCGACUGCGGGGACAAAAUGUUAG